CUCUCUCGCUCUCUGCUUUCUCUGUUUCUUUCUCAGAAGAAGUUGUUGUUUUUAUUUCUGUUAAUCAAUGGAAUCCAAUUCGUUUUUCUUCGGUCCAUCUGCUUCGCAUGGCAACAACAUGUUCUUCCUUGGGAAUCUCAAUCCCGUCGUCCAAGGAGGAGCAAGAUCGAUGAUGAACAUGGAGGAAACAUCAAAGCGAAGGCCCUUCUUUAGCUCCCCUGAGGAUCUCUACGACGAUGACUAUUACGACGACCAGUUGCCCGAAAAGAAGCGUCGCCUCACUACCGAACAAGUGCAUCUGCUGGAGAAAAGCUUCGAGACAGAGAACAAGCUUGAGCCAGAACGCAAGACUCAGCUUGCCAAGAAGCUUGGUCUACAGCCAAGGCAAGUGGCUGUCUGGUUUCAGAAUCGCAGAGCUCGUUGGAAAACAAAACAGCUCGAGAGAGACUACGAUCUUCUCAAGUCCACUUACGAUCAACUUCUCUCUAACUACGACUCCAUCGUCAAGGACAACGAUAAGCUCAGAUCCGAGGUUACUUCCCUGACCGAAAAGCUCCAGGGCAAAGAAGAGACAGCUAAUGAACCACCGGGUCUAGUGCCCGAACCAAACCAACUCGAUACGGUAUACAUAAACCCGGCAGCAAUCAAAACCGAGGACCGGUUAAGUUCAGGGAGUGUUGGGAGCGCGGUACUAGACGAAGACGCACCUCAACUACUAGACAGUUGUGACUCUUACUUCCCAAGCAUCGUACCCAUCCAAGACACCAACGCCAGUGAUAAUGACAAUGACCGGAGCUGUUUCGCCGACGUCUUUGUGCCCACCACUUCACCGUCGCACGAUCACGGUGAAUCAUUGGCUUUCUGGGGAUGGCCUUAAAAAACCAGUCGAUAAUAAAUAUAUUUCAUGUGUGUUUUAUUAAGUACAACAGUCGUCUUGUUGUUUCCAUGUUGACGAUAAUCGUGGACUCGUGGAAUAAUUCCGCAGUUCAACA